AUGUCUGAAUAAAGUUCAGAUGAUAGUGAUGAAUCACCUCAAUUAAUUUAAUAAAAUAGAUAAAGAAAACAUCUUUCAGUGAUUGAUAUCCUAAUUGCUACAUUAUAAAUAGAACCAAAAUAAAGAACUUGGCAAUAAUUGAAGUUUCUUUGUGAUACUCUUGAAUAAAAUGUCCAUUACUUUUCUUAAUUACGUAAUAAACUUACAACUUCAAUUCUUAUAAAAUUAAUGGCUACCAUUUCACUUGAAUAGUUUACUACAUUUAAUGUAGUGUUUAAUUAAGGAGAAACUGGAAGAAAAAUGUACAUCAUAUUAAAAGGUGAAGUUGCAGUGCUUAUAAAAACAGAUGAUUAAAAUGAGAUAAUUCAAAAGGAAGAUCAUAAACGAAGAAGUAAGUUCAUUUAAUAAUUAGGGGCAACCAAAACAUUCGAUGAAUUGAUAUUACAUAGAUUUUCAAACUAUAGAAUUGUAGCCUAUAAAAAAUAAUAUGAUUAUUUCGGAGAAAUAGCAAUAGAAUAAAGAAUUCCUCGUACAGCUACAGUGAUAGCGAAAGAGCCUUGUAUAUGUGCAAUAAUUACUUUUGAUGCUUAUUAAUCUUUACUGAGCGAAUUAUAGGCUGAUCAUUUGUAAUUGAGAUAGGUUGUGAUAGCUAGGAUGUAUCCCUUUAGUAUAUUGAAUGAAUAACAGUUUUAAUAGAUUUUGCAUAAUUAUGAAGAACUCAAUAUACAAGGAGGUUGUUUACUAUAUAGAGAAUAAUAGAUUGCAGAUGCAUUAUAUCUAGUGAUUAAGGGAGAAGUGUUAGUGUAGAUUAAAGAAUUAGUUGAUAAUGCUGCAGCUUAGAUUCAAGAAUAGAAAUAUUUUGUUAAUUUUUAAAAGUAACAGAGAAUAAAAAAUAUUGGUCUAUUUGGAACAGGAUAAAUUGUAGGAGAUUAUGAAUUGUAUUUAAAUAAGAAAUACAAACAUAAAUUGAUACGAAAAACAAUAUCAAUAGUUAAAAGUGAUUCUAGAAUUAUAAGGAUUCCUAUCAAAUAAUUUGUAGAUGUAAUAGAACAUGGAUUAUCAGCAAAAUGGUUAUUACGUUAUUUAAAUGAUAAGUAUGAAUAGAAAGAAUAAUUACCAAUAUUAUAAUUGAAAGAUGAGUAAGAGAAUAGAAAAGUUUAGUCAUUCAUAUCACCUUAAUUCAAGAAAAUGAUUCUUCGUUUGAAGAAACAUCAUGAUCACAAUAAAAUAUCAAGUGAUAGAUAUUAAUAGGUCAAUUAUAAAUAAAGUUUAGAGGAUGGUAAUACAGAAUAAUAAUUUAUUGGAUUAAAGAAGGAAAUCAAUUAUUAAGAUAAAUCAUUACUUAAAUAUUUAGCUAAAGAUUAGAUUUUACAUAAGAGAAAGAGCAAUACUCUCACUAAUUUUAGUAUUGAAAAGUUUGCCUCAACUUUAAAAUCAAGAGUUAAAUUCACAAAAUUAUUAACUCAAAUAGAUGAAGAGUCAAGUUGUUACAGAUUUCAUUCUACUCCAACUAAAACAAAUGGGUUUUCAUCUAAAUAGAUUCAAACUCUAACUAAUAUUCAAUCUCCAUAAUAUAAAUUCAAUUAAACAUUCAAAAUGAAUUGA